UGCAAACCAGAUCUGGGUUCUCUCUCAAACUUCAUCUUCUUCCUCCUUUCCUCCUCCCUCUUCAUCCUUCUUCUUUCUUCUUCUUAUUCUUUCUUUCUCUUUCUUCUCCCUUCUUCUUCUUCUCUCAAACCCAAAUCUGGGUUUUUCUCAAACCUAGAUCUAGCAUUUCAGCAACCUCGCUCUUCUCGUCCUCUUUCUCCCAAUCAAGAAAAAUUGGCCUAGAUCCGCUGCAUGAACUCCCAACCAAUACAUCUUUUCUGAUUUUAUUUUAUUACCAUAUUUAAUUAAUUUUGGAGCGUCUUAUUUUAUGAAUUUCACUCAAAAAUUCAAAAAAUUGAAAAUCCCCAGAGGAAUUCUUUUUAUUUUUUAUUUUUUUUAUUUUUUUUUCAUUUUUUUAUGAAACGGAAUGAAGAAGCAGUGGAAGUGGAGAGAGCAUGAGCUACAGAAG